AUGUGGAAAGCAGCCGCGGAGCAAGUCUUUUAUUCGCUGGGCAUCGAUGCUGGCCCACUGAUAUCGAUGGCAAGCUUCAGCCGAUAUCGAAAUAACAUUUAUCGCGAUGCGGUCGCCGUUGUUUUCAUGUAA